AUGCCUUUAGCGAAGCAACGAGCCAGGGGUUCCCUGAAAACAACUAGGGGUUUCGGUUUGAGACCAUGGAAGCAGCGAAAUCGUGGAGGACAGACAUUUUUCACGACCGUGGCGAGCUCUCAACGAUUCCAACUCCACUCGGUUGUUCAACGGAAUACUCCGUUCAACGGCAAGGUGAGAGAAAAAGUGCUUUGGAGUUGUGCUUUGGACUGGCCUGGAAGUGAAGGGUUCGCGGACGGAAGGGUUGGUGAAGGAGAAGGAGAAGACGGUGGAGGUUAUGGAGGCGCUGGAGUGAAGACUUUGGUUGGAGGCGUUGGAGAGUGA